AUGAGGCAGGAGUUCGGGAUGAAGUCCUUGCCACACUCCUUGCACAAGCGGCUUCUCCCCCGUCUGAAUUCACAGAUCAGAAGUGAAGACGUAAAGAAUUCCACUGAGCGUCUCAAAGAUGAGACAGCCUUGGUUCCUGUGGGCUGUGAGCAAGUUUCUCCUGGAAUCAGAUUCCCCAAGAGCCAGAAAUGCAACCCCACCAAGUCUCCUCUUGUUAAGCAUCAGGAAUCUGACAAGAUGAAAAAGCCCCAUGCGUCCAGCGAGUGCGGGAAAGCCUUCAACACAAAGUCUUUGCUCUCUGACCAUCAGCUCCUGCAUGCAGGACAGAAGCCCUAUCAAUGCAGUCUGUGCGGGGAAGCCUUCUUUAAAAAGUCAAAUCUCAGUGACCACCACCACUCAACACAUAAAGGACAAAAGCCUUAUAAAUGCGUGGAGUGUGGCAAAGCCUUUCUCCAGAUAAAGCAGCUCAACGACCAUCGGAAGACACAUUUGGUAGAGAAACCGCACACGUGCGCUGAGUGUGGAAAGGGCUUUAUCAAGAGGACAAGACUUAGAAUUCAUCAGUCAGUUCACACUGGAGAGAAACCCUACUUGUGUGGGGAGUGUGGGAAAGGAUUCGUUAUGCAAACCGAUCUCACCAUGCACCAGCGAAUCCACACAGGUGAGAAGCCCUACGUUUGUGGUGAGUGCGGCAAAGGCUUCACAUACAAGAGAGGUCUCAUUACCCACCAGCGGACGCACAGCGGUGAGAAGCCCUACUUGUGCAAUGAGUGCGGCAAACGUUUGAAGCAUAAGAAGAGUCUCAUCAUUCAUCAGAGAACUCACACAGGAGAGAAGCCAUAUGUGUGCACGGAUUGCGGCCGGGGCUUCCGCCAGAAGCCAGGGCUCACCGUCCACCUGCAGACGCACACAGGAGAGAAGCCAUACAUGUGCGGGGACUGUGGCAAGGGCUUUAGACAGAAGUCGUGCCUCAUCACCCAUCAGACAUUCCACACGGGCAAGUUCCCCUUCUCCUGCAGCGACUGCGGCAAGUGCUUCUCCCAUAAAUGGAACUUUAAUACACAUCGCAAGAUCCACACAGGUGAGAAGCCCUUCAAUUGCAGCGAGUGCCAGAAGGCCUUUCGGACCAAGAGAGCUGUCACUGUGCAUCAGAGAUCGCACACAGGGGAGACGCCCUACCUCUGCCUCGAGUGUGGGAAGACUUUCUCCUACAACUCCAGCCUUUACAUACACAAGAUAAAACACAAAAAGAAGAAGUGUUUGGAGGGGCUCAAGGUUGGAGACCCUGCCCCGGCGAGUCACGCCUUGUCUCUUAGCAGUGAGCUCCAGAUAAAGAGCCCUGUGAAUGAAGGGAGGCCUCCUGGGGCAGCUGAAACAUCAGGAAACAACGAUGGACGCCCAGCUUAG